UUCACAUGCAAACAGCCACUCUAACGGUGCUAUCCUUUUUCGGCACUAGAAAUAUAAGAAUCCAGUCCGUCUCAGCAUGCGUGCAUUCGACACAUAAACCGCAGUAACGCUCAGUUGUAACAGCAGGAGCAGGAUGUUAACAGGGAUGGACACUUGGACGCCCAAUCCACGAGCGAAACCUUUCAUCCCCAGACAACAGCGCAGCUUCUAUCUUACAUGGAAAUACAAACUCACCAACAAACGGGCUAUCCGCCGACUUUGCCAGGCCGGUGCAGUCCUAUUCCUGUUAAUUACAGUAAUCGUAAACAUCAAACUUAUUCUUGACACAAGGAGAGCAGAAAGCGAGCAGGAUUCUGGGCGGGACUAUGAUGAUUCUUUGGUCAACAUGGAGACCCCACGAAGACCAGCCAGUGGGCGCAAGGUGUUGGACAUUGAGGUUUACUCCAGUCGCUCCAAGGUGUAUGUGGCAGUAGAUGGUACCACAGUACUGGAGGAUGAGGUGCGGGAGCAGGGAAGAGGCAUACACGUCAUCGUGCUCAAUCAGGCCACUGGUCAUGUAAUGGCAAAGAGAGUCUUUGACACCUACUCACCACAUGAGGAUGAAGCGAUGAUCCUCUUCCUCAACAUGGUCACUCGGGGCAGAAUCCUCAUCUUUACCGUCAAGGAUGAGGGAACGUUCCAUUUGAAGGAUGCUGCCAAGAGCCUUCUGAAGGGGCUAGGUAGCCAAGUGGCCACUACUCUUAGCUGGAGGGAUAUGUGGACUCUGGUAGUGAAGAAAGGAGGUCAGGUGUAUGGGGAGAAGCACUCAAAGUCACCAGCUCUCUCUACGUGGGGAGACCCUGUGCUAUUGAAGACUGAGGUUCAACUCACUGCCUCUGAAGAAGCAGAGUGUCGCUGGGCAGACACGGAGCUGAACCGCAGGAGGAAGCUCUUCUGCAGUAAAGUGGAGGGCUAUGGCAGCAUCUGCAGCUGCAAGGACCCAGCACCCAUAGAGUUCAACCCAGAGCCGCUCCCAAACAAUAACGUCUACAGUGUCCCGGUUGCUGUCAUUGCGGGGAAUAGACCGAACUAUCUCUACAGAAUGCUGCGCUCUCUGCUGUCAGCCCAUGGCGUGAACCCACAGAUGAUCACCGUGUUCAUUGAUGGAUAUUACGAGGAGCCUAUGGAUGUGGUGGAGCUGUUUGGUCUUAAAGGGGUUCAGCACACUCCAAUCAGCAUAAAGAACGCACGCGUGUCACAGCAUUACAAAGCCAGUUUGACUGCAACUUUCAAUCUACAUCCGGAUGCUAAUUUCGCCAUUGUCUUGGAGGAAGACCUGGAUAUUUCCAUAGACUUCUUUAGCUUUCUCAGUCAAACCAUUCAUUUGCUGGAAGAAGAUGAGACCCUCUAUUGUAUCUCUGCAUGGAAUGACCAGGGCUACGAGCACACGGCAGAGGACCCGUCCCUGCUCUACAGGGUGGAGAGCAUGCCUGGGCUGGGCUGGGUGUUGAAAAAGAACCUCUACAAGGAUGAGCUCGAGCCCAAGUGGCCCACGCCCGAGAAGCUGUGGGACUGGGAUAUGUGGAUGCGGAUGCCGGAGCAGAGGAAGGGGAGAGAGUGCAUAAUUCCUGACGUCUCGCGCUCAUACCACUUUGGCAUCAUUGGCCUCAACAUGAACGGCUACUUCCACGAAGUAUACUUUAAGAAGCACAAGUUUAACACAGUCCCAAAUGUUCAGCUGAAAAAUAUUGACGGUUUGAAGAACAAUGCUUAUGAGAAAGAGAUUCAAAACCUGUUACGUGAAGCGGAAGUUCUGGACCAUAGCAGAAACCCGUGUGACGACUCCUUCAUCCCUGACACCGAGGGAAAGACCUAUGUUAUGUUCAUCAGAAUGGAACAGGAGUCAGACACCAGCACCUGGACUGAGUUGGCUAAGUGUCUGCACGUGUGGGACCUGGAUGUUCGAGGCUAUCACCGAGGGUUGUGGAGGCUCUUCAGGAAGAAGAACCAUGUGCUCGUUGUGGCUGUUUCAGUCUCUCCUUACUCCAUCAGGAAACCUACCCAUGUCACCCCGAUUCAUUUGGAACCUCCGCCCAAAGAGGAGGGAGCCCCUGUGGAGCAGAUGUAGUGCAGCUGCCGCUGGUGCCCAGGCCCGCUCUAGGGCCAGGGCUUGUCGCCCAGGCUCUGUUGUGCUGGAAGAGCCUCCAGCGAGAAGCUGGGCCAGCCACCACUGCCUCUACUUCACCAGGGGAGCAGCUGGUAUUAUGCUGCUCACGGGCACUGCAAGCUCUUGCGUUGUAUGAGUGAGGAUAAGGCAUGUAGGGCUCGUUGCGUUAACGCGAAGUGUUCCAUGAUGGUAGCAGCCCGUUCAUAAAACCUCCGUGGAUGAUCUUGCCUCUGCUUGUGCAAAGAAAACUGACUUUCUUUCAGAAAGGAGCAGGUAAACAUUUCAUGGACUUGAUUUGGUCUCAUAAUAAAGGACAUCGCUGGGUAGUUUUAAGCAAAAGAGAAGCCAAAUCUAGAUAUCAGAGGAACGCUUCACCAGAAGGAAAUGGCUGAAUCUAAUCACUAUUUUUUAACACUACUGAAUGAGUUCUGCUGUACUGUACAUUUUAACUUAAGUCUAUUUAUUUUGCCAGUAUCAAACCUGUUGAGGUUUCUUAUUUUGUUAGAGUUCACUUUUAUCCAAGAACAAUACAUUUAGAGACAAAGGCCUAGCAUUGUUUCCGAUAUAAAGUGCUAUAGAUAUAUAUUUUUUAAACAAAAUUAUCAUAUUUUUGUCAUACACUUUCAAUGAGAGGAGUGCAUAUCUAACUAUGGUUAUAUUUAUUAUUUAUCAAGUGUUCCCCACAAGGAGAUCCGUGGCUGGCUGAGAGAAUACGUGGUGCUCCUGUUAAAAUAAACAUUCUCGCCUUAGGUGAUAGCUUAAUUCAAGGCUGUAUGAAGUUGCGUUCUUUUAGUAAAUUAAAGCAAAUUAAAGUAUCUCUCUCUCUCUCUCUCUCUCUCUCUGGUUGCACAAGAUGUUCAAUUCACGUAUGCCCCAUUUAAAAUAUUACAUCCACUUGAUGUUGAGUAGAUUACUGGUCUGUCAGAGGGUUCAGAGGCUAUCUGAAGUUGUGUUAACUGGCAAGCAAGUCAGUGGAGAGGAUUAUGGUUUUUUAGCCUCAAAUACAUCAAGUUUGCCCUGUGAUAUGACUGCCUGUAUUUGAUGAUAAUCAUAUAUGAUCAUGCAACAAUGUCCAAGACAUUUCAUGACCUGAGGUUUCAUUGUCUGUUGUAAAUUAGAACGUUGUAAAUUGCAGGCACAAACAUGAGUUGUUGUUUUUUUUUUUUCUAUGUUAAAUCUGUUUCUGUAUGCAAAAAUGUGUAAUAGCUGAGGGACUGUGGCACAUUAGGGAUUUUCUUUAAUUUCCUCUUUCAAAGUAACUGGAAUAUGAAAUGAAAAUAUCACAAGUUACAAAGAACAUUAAAUAUGUCUUUCCUUUUGAUUUUCUGUUACAUCUGUUUGAAUUAAGUUUUGUUUUCUUUAAUAAACUGGAAAGUUUGGUUAAUA